AUGCCAAAUAUUAUAGCCAUCGAAGGCGGCCACGACGUUGCAGGAGAUAUACACGUCUCUGGCUCAAAAAACGCCGGGCUAGCCCUCAUGGCCGCAUCUCUACUGGCGUCCGGGCAAAGCACACUUCAGGUGAUCCCACCCGUGUCUGAUAUUGGCAGCAUGGGUCGGAUUUGUCAAUAUUUGGGCGCAAAUAUCACACGCAGUUCUGAUUCUUUGCGGAUUGAUACGACAAAUCUAGGCAGUCAGGAUGUCCCAGACCGGCUCACGCGAUCAUUACGAGCUUCAAUUUUGACACUGGGUCCCCUCGUUGCGCGUUUCGGGUUUGCAAACCUAUAUCUCCCGGGAGGGUGUCCAAUCGGAACGCGGCCAAUCGAGGAACAUCUGAAAGGAUUGGAGAAAAUGGGAGCGCUUAUCAAAGUCACGGAGAGGUCCGUUGAGGCUUAUGCUCCUUCUGGAUUACAUGGGGCCACCAUUCAGAUGCAGACCCCAUCCGUGACAGGAACCAUGAACACGAUGAUGGCAGCAUGUCUCGCGUCCGGGGUCACGUAUAUCUACAGUCCAGCCCGUGAACCCGAGGUGACAGAUCUGGCCAAGUGUCUCAUCAGCAUGGGCGCGACGAUACAAGAAGGAGUGGGAGCCGAUCCUAUCACUAUUUUCGGCUGUGAUAAACCCCUCCUCCCCUAUCAAUACAAAGUCAUGGAAGACCGAAUUGAGGCAGGAACAUUUCUGAUUCUCGGAGCAAUGGCUGGAAAUCCUCUCGCAGUGCAUGGCUGUAAUUCUAAAUACCAGACCGCAUUGAUAGAAAAGCUGCGUGAAAUCGGUGCUCAGAUCGACAUCAAGAAAAACUCGAUAAUUAUCAACAAGGCUAUAUGUCCCGUGGCCGUGGACAUCCAGACUGGCCCAUAUCCCGCCUACCCGACAGACCUUCAACCACAACUCAUGGCACUACUCUCAAUAGCGCAGGGCACGUCCCGGAUCACUGAGACGGUCUUCGAGGAGCGCUUUAACCAGUCUGCUGGACUAAUUGCCAUGGGAGCGGAAAUAUGCGUUGACGGGAAAGACGCUGUGAUAUCAGGUGUGAGAGAGCUAUCCGGGAGCAUGGUAGCUGCUACGGAUUUACGGGCCGGUGCUAGUCUAAUUAUUGCUGCCAUUGCUGCCAAGGGGAUCACUGUUAUUUCAGACACUCAGCAUAUUGAUCGGGGGUAUUAUGGGCUACAGAGAAAAUUGGAGAAGAUCGGUGUGAGUGUGAAACGGUCUAAUGGUUUUGUUGAAGGGCUGAGAAAGUAG